AUUUUAUUUUGGAUAAAUAUGGUAUUUGAAGACUUGUAAUAUUAAAUUAAAAGUAAUUAUGAUAUUGAUUUUUAAGAAGGCCAAUAUAAAAUAUUAUUUGACCAGGAAAGCCCGAUUACAUGAUAACAAUACCAUUUUAGUCACGUCCUUUUACGUUUUUCAGAAAUUACCCUAUAUACAGGCCCAAACGCUGUGAGGAUGUGACAACAAAGACAUAGGAUCUUGAAACGUGGUACGCAAGUGUCUGCAAAUUUCAUCGAUACUCCGGUCACCGUUAUAUAUAUCUUCGAACAAUCCGAAACUUCUAUCGCUUCUUCUAAUUUGAAAAUCUCUCGAAUUCUCCGGGCAAGUUACCAUUUGUUAAUGGUAAUCGUCCCUCACCAGUUCAUGUUCUCUUCCCUCCCUUCAAGAAAGAUCUUUCCGCUUGGAUUUCGCAAGGAGAUUUGGCGCUACCGCUGAAUCGGCGCCGAACCCUGAAUUUCAACCUAUAACCGUCGUCUUCGCCGUUUAGUUUAGUGGAGAAGCAUGUUGGCUUUCAAGCAGAAGAAGGAUCAGGUCAGGAAAAGCGGAGGCAAGCGAAUUCUGAUCAAGAUAAACGUCGUCGGAAGCUCCGGACCUAUCCGUUUUGUGGUUAAUGAGGAGGAGGUGGUGGCUGCCGUCAUUGAAACCGCUCUCAAGUCCUACGCUCGUGAGGAUCGUCUUCCUGUUCUUGGCACCAAGUUCAGUGACUUCUUUCUGUAUACUCCAGUCGCCGGAACAGAAGCUUUGGGUCCAUGGGAGAUGAUCGGAACGUUCGGAGUGAGGAACUUCAUGUUAUGGAAGAAGCCUGGGCAGUCGGAGGGUGGGGCGGAGAUUACGCGGAAGAGGUCCGGCAGGUGGAAGUCAUGGCUUAGUAGAUCACUUAGUUUAAAAGCAAACCAAUAAAAAAAGUCCAGUUAGUUUGAUUUGGUGGUUCAUAAGAAUUCAUCUUUCCUUUGUCUAAUAAGAAUGAAGCAAAUGGCACCUCUCAUGUCAUGUAAAUCGUAUCCUUUCAUACUAGAGUGGGUUUAAUUUGUUACUAGAUAUGUUGUCAUAUCUUGGUGAUCCAAAAGACUA